UACUGGGUACAGAGCCAUGCCACUCCAGGAGAACUUCUCUUCCUUCUGCCCAGCAUGGCCCCAUCACCAGCAUAAGCUGUCCGCAAGAUGGAAAAUUUUGAGUACAGCAUCCAGGUGAAUGACCGGGACUGGGCAGAAUUUUACGUGGCCUCCGAAGAAUGCAGUGUGAUCCAGGCAGCCUUAGCGACAGCCGAGGAGCAGCUUCUGAGCGACCUUGACGAAGGCGAGGUUCAGGAGGACAGCCUGAUCCGAGUGCGAGUGGGCCCGGGAUUGGCUCCUAGCACAGCCAGCGGCCCGCCACCUGGAGCCCCUUGCGGACACCUGCUUGUGGAAGAGGUUCUGUCUGGCAGCGAGGACGAAACAGAGCUGGGCUCCGUCAGCAGGUUUCUGUGCGACAACAGCCAACACGGCGUAGCUCUCCCACAGCCUUCUGCAAUCCAGGGAAGUCAACUGCCUCAUGCCACUUCAAAGCCACCGGGAGGUCAGCAUGAGCUUGCCAGAGAGCGUGAAGCUUUAUUCGCUGCAGAGGAAAGAGAAUCUGAGACUCGAGACUGGCUCGGUGAUUCCGAUCAUUCCCUAGCAGGGGUAGAUGUUGCUGUCCAAAAGGCCGACUUCCGAGGGCAAAUCUCAGGGCAGGAAACAAUGGAAAAACCUGUUUCCUCUGUGCCAAUGAAGGUGGGUGCCUCAGAAGGGAUAGACAGCCAUGCAGGAGAACAUGGAAGGAGACCCCUAGCCUUGGCAUUACAGCAGCCCACCAACGAUAUCUCCCAGACUGCCUCUGUUGAUGUCCAGUUACCAGUAUCUGUGGAGAACAACGGUGUUUGUGGGAACCCAGAAUCUUGGGAGUCAAAGGAUCUAGGCAUGCCUCCAACUUCCUCAAGUUUUACUUCUGCAGGUUCUGAAGAAACUGAGCACCCAGAAAAGGGUGCCGAGCACCUUCAGGUCAAGUUGAAGGCAGAGGUACCCUUGAUCCUGGAAAAUUUUUCCCUAAUUCAAGGACAUUCAGUCCCAUUGGUAGGGGCAUUGGUGCCAUCUGACCCAUGGUCAGAGAACCACGAAGACGGAGGUCUGGAAAGGAUAAGCAAUGAGGAAGAGGAUGCUGUAAAUCUCAAAGAGGAGGGUCGAGCAGACCAGAGUGACGACUUGAUCCAUGGCAUCCCAAAAGAAGAAGGUCAAGUUGACCAAGAAAUCAGUUCUGCUGGCUGUAGGGUGAAUUUGCAAAAGGUCCCAGGAGAAUUUGGGGCAAACAAAUGUCCACAACUAACAACUGUAACCAAUUCCAGAUGUUCCGGAACAUUAGAUCCGCAAAGAGAAACUGCUGCACUGAAGGGAGAGAUCCAGAAGGAUGGCACGGAAGAGCCCGGUCACCAUCUUGGAGAAUCUACAAGCACAGCCCAAGGAAGCCAGAGGUCAAGCUUGUCAGAAGACAACAUUCCGUAUUGUCCGGCUGUGGAGAACUCUUUGGAAAGUAACUUGACUGCAAUUACGUGGCCUGAGGCAUAUGACUAUUUUUUCUGUGAUAACACCCUAGAGCAGGUAGGAAAGAUGCAGGAAUGGAUGGUAGAGGAAAGACGGGUCUCAGACGUUGGCCAAGACUUGCCUGAAAUGUCCGGGCCUGAAAUGUACGAAUAUUUCUUCACAGACAUGGAAGGGACUUGGGUGGGUGAGAGUGGCAGGGGGAAGGAGCUGAAGCGAGAGACGUCCGACAGUUCUGACCAACCCCUGGCUCCACCUGCUGGUUCCCAGGUCUCAGGCUCUGUUACGGCAGAAGAUGCCACGUACAUCUCGGUCCCAGAGGUGUACGAACACUUCUUCAACAACGGAGCGCAGGACAGGAAGAGCUGGAGGCGGCUUUUCCUGAGCAUGCCGGCCUCAGAGGCAAGGAAGGCCAUGAGAGCAUUAAAAUCCCUCAUAAGCAAACCUGCCCAACUUCUCAGACGUCAUCCUGGAAGCCCUGGGACUCCGCUACAGAGAGGAUCCCACGGAAAGUUGGUGGUCUUUUCCCCAAGGCUACUGGAAGAAAGCCGACCGAGACCGGAAGACCCAAGAAUGGCUUUGAUGUCACCAGAAAGACCCCUCCAGCUGGCUCUCACACACAGGGACAUGUGCCUGGGCUUCGUGGCCUUUGCUUCAUGGGCUGUCAAGAGCUCCAAUCUGCAGGCCCCAGACGCUUGGAAGAUUGUGUUGCUGGCAAACUUCGGCACCCUCUCAGCCAUCCGCUACUUCAGGCGGCAGGUUGUGGCAGAAGGACAGCAUGGCACUUAAACAUGUCCAGUGCAACUCCACCCAAUUUCUUGCAGGCCGUCAGAGGAUGAUUUGUAAAGAAUUGCCACUCUUUCUUCAGAGCCUGGAAAUGGACUUCUUGAAAUCCUGGGUUCUAGGACUUACCUGGGACCUCUCCAAACACUGGCAAAGAAGGGAAAGAGGUCAGACUGAAAAUGGAGAAGACAAUGGAUAUAAAGUUUUGGUUCCAGAAUUACUGGCCCAGUGAAACCAGAGAGCAACUGAGUAAGGAGCCUGGAUUCUUUUUUGUGUCUCACCUGGUAACUCACCUUGAACCCACAAGAUUCUCUUGGCUUAUCUAUAAACAAAACAACCAGCCAGUAACUAGCUAAGCUGCUGCAUGCAGUGGAUCCAGUGGCCACCUUCAUUUCGAAUCUGUCCUGUUCCAAAAAAGACAAGAUUUGGAAGCGUGCGAGUCACUCGGAAACUAUUCAGAGCAAACCGGGUACGAAUAAUCAUGAGACAACUGGGGUUCGGAGCCGAGACAUGGAGGAUCAAGAGUUUCCAAAUACCUAUGAGAACUUUUAAGAAGGCCAGAAGGUUGGAAGACGGUUCAUCAGAUCUGCGAGGGAAGAAGCAACAGGUCGAAAGGACUGGAAAUGUAGGUUGAGAGAGAGAGAGAGAGAGAGAGAGAGAGAGGGAAUGCCCAAAAUAGCGACUGUUAAAGGCCCAGAAAGCACCAGCCACAUAUUUGUACAUAUUCUAGCCAAUGUGGAAGAUAAACUUAUUAUGCACGGCCUACAGUAGCGACAGGCAAUCUUUCAACACUAGGGCAUUUGUACUUUUAAUUUUAGAGUUGGUGAGAAUCAAAAUAUUUGUGUAACUUUCUUUGCUAUCCCCCCUCCCCUCCAAAUUCUGGAAAGAAUUCUGGGGACAUUUUGGCAGUGUGUGAUUUUUCUUAUAUGUAUUGGAGAGGGAAAUGAUUUAUGUUCUUUACCUGAAGCUAUUAAAACAAGUAAUUUUGA